ACUUAGUUAUUCCGCAGUCUUGAACAAUUAUAUGUCGUGUAGUAGGAGUAUUUACCUUUUUUUUAUUUUAACUAGUAUUAGUUGCAAAGUCCAAAUUCCAAGUGACAUUGAAAUUUGCAAGUAAACCAGCAUCAUAAUGUCGGGUCACGAAGGAAAUGAAGGUUUGCCGGCUCAAAGCGUAAUGUAUUCUCAAUUGCAGCCUUGGAGCCAUGCGGGUGCUCCGCCCUGCAUGGAGCCCAUUAGCGGGGAGACGGUGCCUCCUCGUUUAGCCGCGUCCUAUGCGACGACGCAGCGGCAUCCGUGGCGACCCAAGAUGGCAUUUGAGAUGAUCGAAGUGAAGCAUAUGCCCGAGCAGCCGGUGACCAACCAGAUGACGCAGCCUUGCUUUGUGCCGCAAGGCAUGAAAACAGAGGGCAUGAUAUUUCCGAAUCUUGUCACUGGAUUCGAACGGAAUCCUCAGCAUGCUGCACGCGCCGCACUCUAUACGCGCUACACCAACAACGAGUGGCACAGCAACAAUCUCAGCAUCUACGGCGAGUCCAACACGAAUCGCAAUAUGUCGGAGCGCAUGCGCAACGAUGCGGUGCGUUUGAUGCGAGAGACUGAUGAAACGGCGUCGAUGGGCCAGCGGGAUGCUGGGCGUCGCUUGGGUGAGCGCAUUACGGACUUGACGUUUUGGCGUAACGAGCUGAAUGCUGAGCUGGAGAAGCUGAUCAGCGAGAUGUCUGACAUUAAUGAUUUACAGAGGCAGUGCAGCAAAGCGAUGCUGGAUCUGGAGAUACCGCUGCACAUUGCCCAAGAGUGUCUGUUCCAUCGCGAGGGCCGACAGGGCAUGGAGCUGGUGCACGACAUUGUGGAGAAGGCCCUGCUGCUGGAGAUCAAUCACUUGCGCAAUUCGCGCGACCGCCUCAACGGGCUGCAGGAGAAGAUUGCCAAGCAGGCGAUUGAUUGCCGUGGUGCUCAGCAUCUGCUAGAGAUCGACGUCACACAAAAGGAGGCCACAAUGGGCAUCGAUUCCAUGUGCCAUCGUCUGAAUAAUUAUAGCCGAGGCAUCACCUAUUUCGGCGGAAUCGAGAAGUACGAUCCGACUGUCAGCACACAGGAUUCCUGGGCACUCGCCAGCAGCGAGCACGUGAAACGGUCGCAGGCAGAGCGGGCUAAGCUGUCGCAACUGCGCAGCGAUGCACAGAAUGUGGUUAAUGCUGUGGCCUCCUCCGUCUGGGACUUCUGGAAUAAUACGAACAAUGCCCUUGAUAGACGGGCACAGGAAAUGGCUGGCGCAAAGAGUCGCGUCCAAAUGCAUCUACAGAAGGUGCAACAGGAGCUGUUCGAUAUGGAGAAGCAUCUGUUUCUCUUGCAGAAGGCCAUACAGGAUAAGUCAAACCCACUCAAGGUUGCCCAGACACGCCUCGAGGCUCGCUCUCAUCGCGAAGGCAUGGAACUGUGCAAGGAUACGGCUCAUGAGCGACUUGUGGUGGAGGUACAGGACCUGCAGGGCACCGUUGAUGUGCUACAUCACAAGCUGCAAGAGGCGGAGGCCACUCAUCAGUCGUUGCUUAAGUCGCGUUGCAUGCUGGAAGAGGAUUUGCGUAAUAAGGUUAACGCUUUGUUCAUCGACCGUGAGAAGUGCAUGAGUUUGCGGCGUUCUUUCCCCAUAACUAACUUGAUUAAAUAUUGAAUUGUGUGUUGCAUACCUUUUGCUAAUUUAAAAUUGUACCACGUUUUUUGUCAAG